AUUCCUGAUCCUGCACUAACACGGAAGCCUAUCUGGCGCCACUUCCUGAUACACCUGCUUGGCAGGUAAGGAAGCCGUCACGUCGCGAGGGCAGGAAGGAACCGCCAAACUGAAUAUGGACAUAGUUUUUCCCAAACUGUGACGUAACUCUCGUUUUUUCUUUUCGUACCCUCCUUUUCUGGUCCCGAGCGUGGACCCGUGUUUUUAAGCUGGUCAUGAUGCGUGUUGGAGCCUCUGGACGGUUCAAAAUCCUCCCGGUUCCGAGUCUGCUGCUUCUGCUCGCUCCAUACCUGGUCUUCUCCAUAGAAGUGACGACCCCGGCAGAGCUCCACGCUGCUGUAGGUGAUGUUGUCACACUAAAAUGCUCGUUUCGCUCCACCAGCAGUCCCACCAGUAAGAUGACGGUCGACUGGAGUUACAGACCCCAGACUGGAGGGGCACCAGAAACGUUUUUCCACUUCUCAUCGCAAGUGUUUCCUCCAACGCAAGGCCAGUUUCUGGAUCGAAUCCGCUGGGAGGGAACCCCGUCACGCGGGGUCGCCUCCAUCUCGCUGAUUAAUGCCACACUAAAGGACAAUGGGACGUACACCUGCUCAGUCAGGAACCCUCCUGAUGUCCAUGGAUCUCCAACCUCGAGCAUUGUACUCACCGUCACACCCAAGAAGUCCAGCAUUCGCUUCUCCGAUGUCUCGGUCCUCAUCGCCUUCAUCCUCGUCCCCUCUGGAAUGCUCACCCUGAUUCUGAUUGGACGAAUGUACUGCUGCGGGAAUCGACACAGCCAAUCAGAAGCCUACAGAUCGAACAUUGAGGUCACGGAGGGGGUGGGGUAUGCGGCCGCCAGGGAAAAGGGACGAACAUGCUACGAACGAUGUCUGACGGAUUCAGAAGACGAGGAUUACUAUUACCACCAGAAAAAGAGGCAUCCUCAUGAUGACGAGGACUACGCUGACUCCCAAGUUUAACCAGCCUUCGGAAGAUGCUGCUGCUGCAUCCCAGUAGUGCCUGCUCGUAAAAUGUAAAUAUUACAAACCGACUGCCUUUUUAAGGGACGGACCAUUCACUCAUUCUGACAAAGGAGUUUACUUUUUGGGGAGAUCGUUUCAGAAAAAUCUCCAGCUUUCUAUUUUUACACUGCAGAGUAAAAAAUGUCCUUCUGCAAAACUAUGCACUGUUUUUGUCCUGCUGAGUCUGGACAAAAGGGAAUUUUGAAUUCCUGAAGUGCGGAUAAGAUACUUUCUGUUUACUCUGUCGACACUAUUUAAUCAGGUGCAAGCCGACCUUGAGCAUGGAAACACAGGGUGCUCGGAUAUUUUUGUAUCUUUUUAUGAUUUGAACUUCUGCAUGCAGCCUUUUUUUUGUGAUGUUGCUUUGUCUAAUUUAUUGCCUGCGUCAGAGCAGCUGGAUGGGUUGUUGUUGGACUGAACAUUUCUGUUCACGUCCUUGAGAGUAAGAGCGAAAGCAUAAGUGCUGAACUGUUGAACUCUGAGCAUUAGCUGUGACCACUUCUGUGUGUAGAUAACACUGUCUGUACAGUACAUUUCACAGU